UAUACCUUCCGGAUCUUGGUUCGUUGGUGUGUAUAAAGUAUGUCAUUGCAUAUAAAUACUGUAAAGAGGAAGCCUAUUAAAACAGUCGUGUUUUUAUGAAGGCAGAGUGCAUUGCUUUUUUCCGCGUUAAACAUGGCUAUCGCGGUACAUCUCCAAAAAAUUUAUGAAAAGCUUGAAUGCAUGGAAGAAAAGUUGAUAAGAAUACUUUCCUUCGAGGAGAAAUUGGAAAAGAUUUUGAACAUCACGGAAUUCCUUCGUGGAUACCGGCCUUGUAAGGAUGGAACUGAAGACAGCUGUCAGAAAAAGAGACACAACUUCAAAGCAAAUGGAAAACUGGAUUACAACCAACAAAAUUUUGAGAAGAAGAAAAGAUAUAUGCCCGAUUUCCAUGUCAAAGUUUUACAGAAGAACCACAAAGUGCUUGUCAAUGAACUGUGUAUUCGAGGGCACGUUAUUGACGAUCUUAUUGAAAACGAGGCCAUAUAUCAAUCAGAUCAGGAAGCCAUAAUGUCAUGCAGCUCUCAGAAGGAUCAAAUCAGGAAUCUUCUGAUGUGUCUUUCUCAUUACGGCGAGGAUAACUUUCUGAAGUUCGUAACCGCGCUAGAUUCAGAACGGCCAGAUCUCGCCCAAAAUCUCCAGAGCGACUACCAAAGACAAAAGUCUGAACAUUCAGAGGAGAACGUACCGUGUCUAAGAUGCUGCAUUUACCAUCAAGUGGAUAUCAAAGACGCGGUUGAUGACCUCUAUACCGAGGGUCUUGUAGAUGAAUCAUUCUUGCAACGAGCGGUUGGGACCUUUUGUCGUCAUGAUAGAAAACAUCUUUGGAAUGAGGUCUUCUCAAAAAUGCAAUAUGCUUCAGCUGAAGAUCAAGAUAAGUAUUGCGAGGCAUUGCAAAAUGUUAUUCAAAGGAAAUACAUGAGUAUUUUUUCUAACUUUUCUGAUUUUGACUGUAACGAACACACAGUGAAAUGCAUUUGUAAAGAAAAACAGAAUGCUGAACACAUUUCUUCUGACCAAGACAGUUCGGAGCAAACAGCGACUUCGUCAAUAGACGCUCGAGAAGCUUCUAUGGGAAUGGAACAAAGCCAGUUAAAAAAAUCCCAACCUUCUAACUCAAUCCCCGAAGUUCGCCGUAGACCAAAGCUAAGAAAGAGGCGAAAUGGGGAUGUCAAAACUAAGAGCAAAACGGCCAAUCUUCUUAUCGCAAAUGUGUUACACCACUGGUACAAAACCUUCCAGCACCAACAAAAUAAAGACCAGUCAAGUACAGAUUCAAGCUUUGGGCUCAGUGAGGACGCACGGUACCGUUGUUUUAUUCGGGGGCAUGAUGGGAAUUUUCAGAAAGCGUGUUUUUGUAAGUACCGAACUGAUAGCUGCUUUGCGUCCAGUGAAAUGAAUUCAACCGAUUUUUCCCAGGAAUCGAAAGAUGAAGAUUUAACAACAUCUAAAUAGAAUACAUUUCAAUGCUCACACAUGUACAAGU